AUGGGCUGUGGCGUAUGGCCAGCAUGGUGGACUCAGCCCCGCAACGCUACAUUCAACGAGAUCGAUAUUGCCGAAAACAUCAAUUCGCUGUACGACCACGCUCUCGCCGUGCUGCAUACCAAACAGCAGUGCUCACUCACGCCAGCUCCAUCCGGAGCCAACGGCAGCAGCAACAUCGCAGCCGGCGGCUUGCAGCAGACGCAGAGCGGCACAUACGAAUUCUUAGAUUGCUCCUUCAAGAAUCUCGACAUGACGGGAUGCCGCGCGCAUCUCAACGGCACCGAUGCAUCGAGCAGCCCACCGCGCCCAGUGACUUUGUGGGGUGAUGCAUUCAAUGCUGGCGGCAGAGGUUUCUUUGCCAUGCAACGAAAUCUAGUUGGAGAUGCUGCUGACGGUGUGCGCAUCUGGAGCUGGCAAAAGGGACAAGAACCCCAGAACAUUCGCUCGGCCACCAACACCAGCCAAGCGGCCAUCGACACCUCGACAUGGGGUGAGCCUGCAGCAUUCUUUGACUUGCAAACGUGUCAGGAAGAGCCGUGGGGCGAUCAAAUGAUUGUAAGUUGGACGAGAAGUCGAGGCAAACUGAGCGCGUGCUGCUGCACACGUAACGCGGCUUACAAAAGGGUGGCAUCUGUCACAGGUGCUCAACAUUGCUCUGUGCGGUGAUUGGGGUACAGCUACUUACGAAACUAGUGGCUGCGCUGCACGAUAUUCUUCCUGCGCCGCUCAAGUUGCUCAAGCCCCCCAGUCUUUUUCUGAGGCGUACUGGUCAUUGAAAAGCAUGCGCAUCUACACCAACGGCAUCAGCAUCGACGAUAGUCGAGACACUGACGGAGCCGCUACCACGACCACGACCAAUCCAAAUUCUGCUCCGUAUUCUCGUGUCUUCUCCCUGCUUUCCCUUUCUGUCAUUUCGCUCGCAACUGCUACGACUUUCCUCUCCUGA